CUCGAGUUCUUUGCAUUUCCCGACUACAUGACAAAUGUCCCCAACACAGCGGGGUGUAUACAAAAUCUAGCAGAAGCAAUCGGAACACAAAUACCUGUCAGAAUUGGUGGCACAACUGGAGAUUAUGGAACCUAUGAUCCGAAUCUAAAAGAAGCAAUCCAUUACACCCUUUCAGCAGCCGAUAAGGGAGUGCCCAAAACACUCACCUAUGGGCCCGAAUUCAUUCGUCUCGCAUCCACUUUGCCCGGUCCUGUCACUCUCGGUCUCAAUCGUAAAGCCAAUAACCUAUCAAACUCACUGCUAGCGGCCAAGGAGGCUGUGAAACAAAUCAAGAAUAUUCACGCCAUAGAGCCUGGAAACGAACCCAAUUAUUGGUCAAAGUCCACACCUAUUGCUGAAGAAAAACCCUGGAAUUUUGCCGCGGAACUCGCUUCCCAACUCAAAUGGCAGAAGGAAAUAUCUACAGCUGUGGGACGCAACUCUAUCAUUCAAGCUGGAAAUUAUCUGGGUGGUUUCCGUAUAGCAGAUCUGGCUAAGGCUGAACAUGCCUCAGCAGUUUACGUUAAAAGCUUUGGCAUACAUUCAUAUCCUCAGUAUGCAUGUGGUGGAAAACCCAACCUUCAUUCUCUAAUGAGUCAUUCUUCAAUCGUCAGCUAUGUGAAUCGCUUCAAUCCUGAGAUACAGGCAGCAAUCGAUUUGAAAAAAGAUGCUUAUUUCUCCGAGACAAAUUCAGUUGCUUGUGGUGGUGCUGGGAUCUCGCCUACAUUUGGUGCUGCGCUUUGGACUUUGGACUAUAUAAUCCAAGCUCUCCUUUCGGGGAUUUCAUCUCUUUAUUUCCAUCACGGAACACUUGGAAACAGUCAAUACUCAUUUUGGGGAAGAUAUGCGAUUGGGGCACCUUAUUACGGUGCUUACUUCGCUGCUCUAGCUUUGCGUGGAAUCGACGGAAUCUUUCAGCUUGAUGAUGGCACGAGUCCUUAUGGUGCCUAUCUCCUCACUCAAAAAUCAAAACCGAUAAGAAUUUUGCUCUACAACUCGCGAUACCGCCCAGAAGGCUCAAACUCUAGAGUCACCAUAAAUGUAGAUCUAUCGGGUUUCAAUCUUUCUAGUGCCUCAUUUCCGGUAUUGAGAUUACAAGCUUCCAGUGCUGAAUCACGAUCAGAUCGAGGUGAUCAGACACCGAACAUUGGUGGACUUCAAUUUUCGGCCAAAAAUUGUGCAAAGAUUCAAGCUCCUCGCACGACUGAAAUAGUACUUUUACAAGAGAACACUUUUAGAAUUGCAGUAAUGGAUUCCGAGGCUGUUAUUGUUCAGCUUAAUAAUGGUUUAUCGUAA